AGGAGCAGGAAACAGGAGCUGGAAGAGCAAGUAAGGGGGAGGGGGGAGGCAAUACCAGGCCAGCCAGCAACGGCGGAGGAGGGGGAAGAGGAACAGUUACAAACAUUUCCUCCUCUUACCGAAUUGUGAGCGCCCCCCCCUUUUUUAGGGGGGGGACGUGGAGGUGUGGCAAAGCUGCCUUAGGCCACAGAAGGUUAUGCCACCACGUGGGGCGCGUUGUGGUUUUGCUAGCCUGAUGAUGGCACACUUUGUGGCGUGAGCCUGAGGAAGCGGGGGGAGAAGACAGAGAUCGAGAUCAGCUGGAGAUCGAGGAGGGGCAGCGGGCUGAAGAAGCAAAAAAAAGAGAGGGAAACCCCUGAAGACUGCCUCCUCCUCCCCCCCACCCCCCAGCAAGCACCUCCCAAAGCUUCCACUUCUCCAGGCUCUUCAGCUGUCAAGGAUGGAUUAUCAUUCCCGAUCCAGCUGGGAGGCAAUACCCAUCCCCACCAGCAGUUGAGACCAGAUUCUGGGUGACCCAGAAGAGCUCUACUGGAUGAUUACUUGGGGAUGCAAUAGAGGCUGAGAAGUAAGCCUUUGCUUCGCUGCCCCUAUUGCCACAUGCUGGAGUUUGUCAGGCACUGGCGUUUCCUGCUAAAUGCCCACCGGUUCCAGACUGCCAUGGACUCCAUGUUUGAGGAUGACAUCAGCAUCCUUACCCAAGAUGCUCUGGUCCAGGAUGAUGACUGGUUGGACAGCCCCAAUACCGACCUUUCCAGUGAGAUGUGCUCUGCCUCUCACUUUGCUCUCAUCACAGCCUAUGAUGACAUCAAGAACCGCCUGACAGGCCUGGAGCGGGAGAAUGCCAGCCUCAAGCGGAAGCUGAAGAUGUAUGAGAUCAAGUUCCCACUGAUUAGUGAAUUUGGAGAGGAGUGCAUCUUCCCAUCCUAUGACUCCAAGGAGACUUCUCUUCUGAAGAGCGAGAAAGCCAACCUCCAGCAGCAGUUGAAUCAAUUCCAGCGCGAGCUGCAGAAAAGCAAGGAGAGAGAAGAACAGCUGGGUGAGAUGAUCCAAGCCUAUGAGAAGCUGUGUGUGGAGAAGACUGACCUUGAGUCGGAGCUGGGGCAGAUGAGAGCUCUGGUUGAGACGCAUCUGAGUCGGAUCCGAAGCUUGGAGCAGCAGCUGAGGCAGAGAGAUGGCAACUCGUUCCAGAACCUCAACUCUCAGCUGCAAAAUCAAGAAGUCCAGUACCUGUCGCUUCACGGCAGCCAUGUACUGGAUCGCUCAAUGAACUGGCAGAGCCCCAGGGGCCUGGAACAGGUGGAAGGCUUGGAGGUGCAGAGGCUGGAAGUGGAGCUGGAGGAGACAAGGCAGGAAGUCCAAAACUCCCAGCACCGGGAAGAGCAGCUGAAGGCUGAAUGUGAGAGACUGCAGGCAGAGGUGAAGCAGCUGCAGGAAACUCGGGCUCAGGACCUCGCAACUAGUCAGUCGGAGAGGGAUAUGGCCUGGGUGAAGAAAGUUGGAGAUGACCAGGUGAACCUGGCACUUGCCUACACAGAGCUAACCGAGGAGUUGUGCCGCUUGAGGAACCUGAGCUCUCUUCAAAGCCAGAUUCUCCGGACGCUUAUGCAAGAGCAGGCCAUCAAUGGUGGUCAACGGCACUCUCCCCAUUCACAGCGCCACUCUCCUGCACAGCAAUGCCGCUCUCCUGCUCCUCACUGCACUUCCCCUGCUCAGCAAGGGAGAUCUUCUUCUGUCCCGCAAUGCCAGUCUCCAGCCCUGCAAAGACGGUCGCCAGCACCGCCUUGUCAAUCCCCUGCGCAUCAGCAUCGUUCCCCAGCUCCUUGCCAGUCUCCUGCCUCACAGCGUCGUUCCCCAGCCCCACUGCCCCCCCAGUCUUCUGCCCAGCAGCGCUGCUCACCGGGCCCAAACUGCUCAUCUUCUGCCAUUGCCUCACAGCACAGAUCACCAGGUGGCGAGAGAAGCAUUCUGGAUCUGGGCUACUCCAAACCCUUGAGCCACCACAUCAAAGCAAGCUUCCAAGGCCGCCGGAGCUACUCAGAGGUGAGCGAUGCAGCUAUGUACCAGCAGAACCGCUCUCUCUGGCUGCAGCCAGAAGCUUCCACCUUACCAAAGCACCGUCCCUACGGCGAAGUUUAUGCCAGAGAUGCCGCCUUCGAAGAGCACUUGCGCUUUGAGAAGCAGUCCUCAGAUGAAGAUGACUGGGCCCUUCCAAGUCCCCCCAGCCCUGAAGCAGGGGGCAUCCGCUGCGCCUCCUUCUGUGCAGGGUUUCCCAUCCCUGACACCUCCACACACCGGACCGAUGCCUCAUACUCCAGGGCUGAGCAUGCCCAGUCCUGGCCCUCAAUCAAUUUGCUGAUGGAGACGGUGGACUCCGACAUCCGAAGCUGCCCUCUCUGCCAGGUGGCCUUUCCCAUCGGUUACCCAGAUGAUGCUUUGAUAAAACACAUUGAUUCACACCUGGAGAACAGUAAGAUCUGAGGCCUGCACUGCCGUCCUUCCUCUUCCGGCUUCUUUAAUGAGUCCCGUCCACCUCACCUCACCCCACCCCACCCCACCCUGCUUGGAUGCUGCAUGAAAAGCGGUGGCGCAGCAGGGGCUCCCUCUCUGAAAUACCUCCAAGUCUCCAGUGGGCUGAACUGAAAGAAGAAUUUUGCCUCUCCCUCAUCCUCUUCUCUUUGCCUUGGUUUUUAAAGUGGGUUUCCUCUCCUUCCUGCUCGAUGAGUAGGACCUGCAAUAUUUGUCCAAUGCUUGAACCAGCCAUGGAGGUGGGGAAAGGAGGCAAGAAAUAUACUUGGACCAGGCUUAGCAGAGCACAACACCAACACCACGCCUCCCCCACAUCUGAAUGCGUAGAACUGUGGGGGUGCGUAUGACUCUGUCUACAUGAUUCUGUUUUGGUGUCUGGAAGAUCUCAGGGUAGGAUGAGUGAGAAACCUCUCGGGGUUGUGUGUUUUCGGGUUGGGGCAGGGAUGAACUAUGAUUUAUUGAGGGCACAGCCUGACACUCAGGUGAAAGAAAUUGAAAGGUUUCAUUUUUGUGUGCCCCUCUCAUGUGCAGGAAUGUCCCAAGUGGGUCCAAUCUCCUCGCCUUUUCUGCUACCAAGAAGGGUGUUCAGGUCCUUGUUGAUCAUUUAUCGGACGUAGAAAGCCUUGGCCUCCAACCACUGGUCCAAGUGUCUUCGUCUUGGUCUUUUACAUUAAAAGCCCACUUUUAACGAUGCUGCUGAGAAAUAGAGCCAACUUCCAGAGGUGUAGCAUGGAUGUUCUUAUGUUUAUUGCACUGGACAUUAUAACACACAAAGCUUUUUGUUUGUUUUCCACAAAAGGAGCUCCUCCUCCUCCUCCUCUAUGCUAGUUUCUUGUCAGUUGUGCUGGAGGAAACAUGCCCUGCUGACUUGGGUAGAACUCCAAGAAGCAUUUCCACGUGACUGUCCCGUGUUCUCUUUUGACGACUGUUCUUCCACCUUUCUCACAGACAACUUCUCACCUUGCUUUAGAUAGUUAGUUCCAGUAUAACAAGGAUUGUAUUCGCCACAUUCCGCAUCAUUAUUCUCCUGCAAUGAUCGCAUGUUGACACUGUUUUUGACAACGGCAUAAAUGUAAACACCCUUCCCAUAUCUGACAUCCACUGUUUCUCUUUCUCAAUCUCUCUCUCUUUGGCCUUACUGAGCAUAACCUUUGCUAUACUGAUCUAAAACAACGGGCAUGUUCUGGUUGAUCUUUUGCUUCCAGACAUGAGGUGCCUCCAUAUUGUGAGAACUGUCUCCUUGAAAAAAGCCUGUCCAUAUAUCAGGCUUUGGUAAAAAAAAAAAAAAAAAAGAGCUGUAUGACAUUUCUCCUCUUGAGGCAACUGUCUUCCUAUUACCAGGUUCUUUACUAACAAAUGUAUGUGUUGAGAUUUAUAGCCUGUCUUAUCCCAAGGGCUCAGGAUGGCCAGUGGCAGACAGGCAUGCGUCUUUGUGGCUCACUGUCUAAUCCAUGUGGGAACUAAGGGGAGAAUAGAAUUUUUAAAAUGAAAUUAGAAUAGAAAGGUUUUUUUAAAAAAAUUGUCGUUCCUUUAUUCUCACUCCCUUAUUCCUGUAAAACCAAUAGCACUUCACCCAAUUUCAUUUUUUCAAAGACUUGAAACUAUCAUUAACAUAUCACUUUCCUCCUCCUCCCCAUCUUUAUUAUGAUCUGUCAAUAUUGUCAAAGUUACCCCUGCCCACUUCCGUCCACCUUCCACUCCCCACUCCAUAUGUCAGCAUUAUAUCCAUCCUUUUACUGAGUCUCUCCUCGAUACACUAGACAUGACAGCAACAGACCUGUGUCUUCAGCUGGGAAUUGUCACCAUACCACUGUCAAAUGAGUGGCAGCCAGGUGAUUUCAAGUAGGGAAAUAGACAGGCUUUUGCCCAGUGCUUCCCUUCUGUGUCCCCUCUAGAAACACGCACACCCAAUGCCUAUUCCAGGUUUUGGGGGACCCUUGGGCAAGAUGCCUUGAGUGGGCCCACUUUCUCACUUUUGUCCCUGCUGCCCAUUCAUUUGUCCUCUCCCUCUGGGCCCAAUCUAUACAGGUGCCCAGAAGAAGAAGAAAAGGAGAGGAAGAGGAGGAAGAUGCUCUAUCUCCUCACUCAUGCCCCUGCUUACAUGCUCAGAGAGAGUAGAUAAACAGGCAGCACAAAGGAGCAGCACUCCAGGAGACUCCAGGCAUUAACAGUGGGCCCUAUGCAAGGAUGUGGGCUUUGGCAGGUGUCCAACAAUGCCUAUCCCUGAUCUCCCAUUUGAAUUUCUCCUAGCCAGGCUUAUCUUCAGUCUUGGAGAGCUUGUGAAGAGGGACGCAAACCCUCAACUGAAGAAAAUAGGUCAGGGUAUUAUGGGAGGAGACAGUUAAUCUCAGCCUUUAGUUAAUCUUGGCUCUUGUUCUUCUGCAAGAUGCAUGUGAAGUUUGGAAGGAACUCGCCAGAUGCAAACUCAUCCCUUCUAAGACUCAAGGCCAGUUUUAGGGUAAAGUGAAGGCCCUUGGCAUGGCUGUCACUGUAAGCCAGAAGGAUUGGGCAAUCGCUGUGGCCUCGACCCAUUCAAGAGCCAGAACCACUGUCUCAUUGGAAGACUAGCCUUCCUACCUGGUCAGGCAGCCUGCUGAAUGAGAACAGACCCAUGUCCCUUGUAAAUACAACUGGUAUUCUGGGACACUGGUGCAGUCCUGCACUCCUCGCUGGCCUCUGCCCCUCUCAUCCCAGGAUUGUUAUGGGACUCUCCUAGGCCAAGCUGUUUGAGGGCCCUCAAAAAGCCAGAGCUGGCCUUGUUCCCCUAGGAUGUGGUAAAAGGAAAGGGACAGGAUGUUCCUCUUGACUAGGAAUCAUGGAUAUUGGCACUUUCACCCUUAACUAAGUUAUUGGUGAUUCACAACACAUCUCUUCCUGCCUGUCCCAAAUGGGAGGUUUGGCAAGGAAAAGUGUUUCAUCGGAAGUUGAACUUGGUCCGCAGACCAUUUGUUCCCUGCUUUCCUUCAGCCUCCUUAGAAUCUGACCUCAGUGGCUGAACCCAGCUCUACCUCCAGCUGGCAAGUAGCAGCAUCAAGGGACAUUUGGGAUAUAUCUUCCAUUCAUUGCAAUGGAACUUGCACAGGAGAACUUCCAGUGGGUCAGUUCUGCCUGUCUCUCAGUCUGCCACCCUUUAAUUGUGCCCUAAAUCAGCCAGAGGCAAGUCUCCCUCUUUCCCUCAUGGCAGGGCUGCCUUUGCACAAGUCAGUUCAAGCGCAUGCUCUGUGCCAUGAUACUCCCACAUAUGUCAUAACAAAGGGCUGUUGCACCCCAUACAGCUGCCACAUGGAGCUGUCCACUUUAAAUUUCUCCUGGUGAGUUGUCACCACAGUGUGGAUCACUGCAAAGAUCAAGCAGUUCUUUCAAUGCUGCUGCAAAUGGUCCCAAAUCGCAGAAUUGAGUUUGUAUAUCUAGGUCUGAAAAAUAUAAUGCCAAAGUUAAUCAAAUAGACAAAAAUAGCCAACUUUAAUCUCUUCAGACAAUUAAUAUGUAUGUAACAAUACAGGGAAAUAUAUCAAUACAGGAAAAAAUACUGAUGAAUAAAAUGUUUAAAAACUCUAUGUUACUGACAUAUGUGGAAUAUAUCCAAAUAUCAACUGAUUAGCCAACAAUGUUGUGACAAGCCAAAUAUUACAUAACAAUUAUAUUAUAAUUAUAUAAUUUUAAAUUAUAGACAAAACACAUUUCUACCCUAAACAGGUCUUCUUCAGUGGUCAAAAUAGAUAUAUGGUUCAAUUUUGUCACUACAUACUUUGCUGUUGAUCAAAACAUAUACUGACCUAUUUUCUCCUGAAAUAUAUAUUUAUAUUCUUUGAUGGAUAAUAUUAAUAUAUUUCUAUCUUGGAGUAAGCGCUGUAAUUAGGAAUGAUUGGGCAACCCACACAACAAUUCAAGAUCCAUCACUAUAGUGCUUGUAUGUAAUAUUUAGUUGUCACAACAUUGUUGGCUAUAUCGAUAUUUAGAUAUAUUUCACAUAACAUAAGAGUUUUUAGACAUUUUAUUCAUUGGUAUUUUCCCCUGUAUUUUUAUAUUCAUAUUAAUUGUUUGAGGAGAUAGAAGAUAUUUUUCUCUAUUUUAUUAAUUUUGGCACGAUACUUUUCAGACUUAGGUAUACAAAACCAAUUCUGUAUUGCUAUCCAUCUCUGUACGUUGGGUUUAUAUUUCCUUAUACUUUCAUCCCAAAUCACAAAGUCUGCAAUGGCAUGGUAAAAGUCCCCUGACAAAUGCAGGAGGCCAUUACACAUACUUGCACAACUCACCAAAUGGAGCUCUUUAAAGAGGCCUCUAAUCGGCAACCAUGUUGUGUGAACUUUCCCUCACACAGUCCCUGAAAAUUAGCCACGGAAAAAUUCCAUCUACAUAAAUCACAUUAUUUCACUGAUUAUUUGGGGAUUUUCUGAGUGGGAAAAGAGCCAAGUUCUGUGAGACAAGGCUGAAAAUGCAUUUCUUCCAACUUGUCACCAUUCUUCCGUUUCUCUAUGUGUAAUCUACCUCAGACUUAAUGAGAGGCAGGAGUGAUAAACAAGCAAAAAAGGGGGGUUGGGUGAUGGGAAGGGAAUUUAUUAUUAUUUAUUAUUGAUGGGAAUUUAUUAUUAUUAUUUAUUCCAUAGCCUGCCAUAUCUUAAGGGCUCAAAUAUCAUCCAAAUCCUUUUUCUUUGUCCUGGAACUUCACAAUCUUUAUAAAUACCCCGUACGAACCCAAAAACUCAAGCAGAAAUGAGAGAAGGGAAAGCAACGCCCAUGAAGAUGUAAAGGUAAUUAGCUAUCAAGGACCCUCACACCUGUUCAAGCUAGCAGUGUGAUGGCUAAGCAACCGAACUGUGAUCCAGAAGGUCCCUAGUUUAGAUAAAAAUAAAAUGAACUGCACAGGGAACAGCUUUAGAAAAAUGGAAACCUGAGACUGGCAGAGUCCAUGUCUCUUGUCAGACACUGUUAUGCAUCAUGGUUCAUUCUGUAAAUCUGUUGGACAAUACCACCCCUACUUCCCACAUAAAAAUUAUGUCUUAGGCUCUACAGAUAGUUAUAAUGCACAGUUGAGGUGUUGUAGUGACAUAACCACAGUCAUGUACUCCAGAAUGAUUCUCCCAGGGUAUGGUAAAAUAAACUGGUUCUGUUCUCGCAGUUGGUAGCAUAAGCUGGACGUUGGAAAUAUCUAUAACUACUAGGGGUGCUUCUUGACUGUCAAUAUUUUGCAGGAGGGAUUCAAGCGAAGCGCAUACCACAACUUUCGUUUUGCAUGUUUAAAGCAGCUUAAAUGGCUCUGUCACCCUAACUCAACAAAUACACUUUUUUUAACAAAAAUAAAAAAGUGCAAUUUGGAAAGAGACAGGGAAAUGCUUUCCAAAGUGUGGGGUGAAUGAAUGACUAUCAGGAACUAAACACUCUGCAAACAAAGCAGGAUGAAAGCAGGAUGAAUGUUCUUUGUAACUGCCCCAUAAACAAAUCGGAACAAAUGCUCAAUAAAGACCGGCAUAGUUUAAACCACCAUGUAAGCUUUGUGCAAGCAAACCAGGAUGAAUGCUGAAUAAACAGAUCAUUUGGAGAAGUCCCAGGUCUAUCAGGGACUCUUAGCCAUGUUAGCUAAACUUCCAUUAUCACUAUUUUGCAAGUGGAAUUCAGUUGUAUAGGGGUAAAUUCAGGUUGCACAAAGUGGAUUUGGCACUCUUGCACAACAAACUCACUUUCAAAAACUUUUUUGUGGUAAGGUAAGUAAUGGGAAAAUGCACUGGAAAGUGUGGGAUAACAAUUGCUUGAUUCAACAUCAUAUGACCUCCCUAUAAACUAAUCAAAAUGACUGCUUAAUAAAUGCCUGGCAUUGUCUAACUUUCCCUCAAACUAUGUGCACACAAAUCAGUAAACAGGUCCUCUGGAAGUGACCCUGGACUAGAUAGAUCUUUUGGGCCAAAGCAGCAGGGCUGCUUUUAUGUGCUUAGAAUGAUUAGAGUGACCUUUGGGACAGGUUUUCAUCUUAACUUAAUGUAUUGACCUUUAACAAAGGACCAUAGAGUUGGAAGGGACCUUGGACGUCACCUAGACUCGUUUUAUCCCUUUCUUGUUCUCAGCAUGGUCAAAGUAUGGGUGGCUUAUUCCACACGCUUCACAAUGCAUGUUUAUGGGAGUGUUCUUCCAGCCCUCUGUUAAUGUCUUUUAGCCUGUAUUAACUAACACAGAGAAUUCUCACAAUUGUUAAUAUAGAUUAGAAUUCCCACUCCACAUGCCUUUUGAAAGAAUAGCCCAUUGCUUGUCACUAUUUUAAAGCUGCUUAUGAAAUAAAUAUAAAGGUGAGUGAGUGCAUAAAGGGGUAACUAAUCCAUGUUAAGUGCUCUUGUGAACAACCUCCCUAUUUGCUACAGCCUUUCCUUACAACCCCUCCUCUUUUUCCUUAGUAACUUUUCUUAAACAAACACAUUAUUUGUUAGUCAGAAAAUCGACGUCUCUGCUCUAACCCCCAUCUCUCUAGCUUGCUUGUGCCAAAUAUGAAGAAGCAAGGAAGGCCUUCUUAGCUAGCUGGCUGAGGAAAACCCUGGGGAGAGAGAUUGGUCUGUCUGUAUUGUUCUGAUCCCUUUCUUUGGUUUAUGUGUGUGUGUGUGUUUUUCUUCUGAAGAGACUCUGUGAUACAAAAUAACUCCAAUAAAAGUUGCC